GGAUUGUGACUAGCUUCUAAUGAACUGGAGUACUAGCUACAAAAUAUAUGUAAUUUCAGAAUUUGUACCGGUCAUUCAUUUCUAAAUUUGAUCAUGUAUGAAGAAAAAAGUUACUACUAGCAUCAAAAUGUCUGGCCUGGCCCACUUGCCAGCGACUAUCCCAAAUUCUCUGUUCCCCUUCCUCUCUCUCCCCGACUCGUGUGCCUCUCGAUUCCCGCCGCCUCCGGCUGGCCGGCGCCGCGGCGAAUCCCAGACAGCCGAUACCACCAACCGCGGACGCCCUCCCAGCUCUACUGGCUGGCCGGCGCCGCCCUUAUGAGCUCGCUGCUUGGAGCCGCGCGGGAGGUCGCAGUUCCGGGUGCCGCCGUCGGUGACCGCGCGUGGCCGGGAGGUUGGUCGUCGGCUGCUCGCUGCCGAAUCUUGGAGCCGCGCUGGGUCCUCCGCAACCGCAGUCGGAGCUGGGGGCUCCGCCGCGCCAUGCCGCCAUCCGCUUACGUCUUAGAAGGUUUGGAGUACUGCGCAAGGCACUCGUUGCUGCUUGUUUGUCAAGCAUAUAGCAACCGAAAGUUUCCUAAUCCGUUUGUGCCCCCGGCUGCAAGUGCACACUCAACUUCAUCUACUACGUCUCAAGCAUCAAGUGCAUGCCCAACUUCAUCUACUACACCAGAAGCUACAAGAACCUCUGAUGCAAUGCCCCAUGCUCCAGCAGGACACGCACCAUGGAUUCCACCAAGACAAGCUGCUCCAACAUAUGCACCUCCACAGGGACAACAAAUGGGAGGGGGGGUAUCUAAACUCCAGAUUGUAUAGCUACUUCACUGCAGGUCUUGAUGCCGAGAAUCGGCAAGAAGAAGAAUGAUGUGUAAUGCUAGGCUUAGUGACCAAGCAUAUUCCUUUUUUGGAUGCAUGUGCGAAGAGACGCAAAUUUUGCAAAUAUUUCUAUGAGCCAUGAUGGUGACCCGAAUGAUGAUCAUAUUAUGCUGUCACCUUUGAUGCUACAAA